CAUGGAACAUCCGGACAAUGUGGGAGACCGGGAAGACUAAUCAAAUAGCGACGGACAUGAGGAGAUACAACUUGGAAGUACUAGGAAUCAGCGAAACCCAUUGGACCCAAGCUGGACAACGAAGGCUAAAUACUGGAGAGACGCUGCUAUACUCCGGUCACGAAGAGGAAAAUGCUUCACGCGCUCAGGGAGUUGCUCUAAUGCUGUCCAAAGUAGCACGAAAUGCACUUGUAAGAUGGGAAUCUCAUCGAUCCAGAAUCAUCAAAGCAUCAUUCAAAAAAAAGAAGGAGGGGAUCACAAUGAAUAUUAUCCAAUGUUAUGCACCCACCAACGAUAGCAACGCCGACGAUAAAGAUCAGUUCUACUAGAAGCUGCAAUCAAUCAUUGAGAAGUGCCCAAGAAAUGACCUCACCACUCUGAUGGGAGAUCUAAAUGCCAAAGUCGGAAUAGACAACACCGGAUAUGAAGAUAUCAUGGGACGACAUGGACAGAGAGAGAGAAACGAAAGUAGGGAAAGAUUUGCAAAUCUGUGUGCAUUCAACAAAUUGAUCAUAGGCGGUACAAUAUUUCCACACAAACGUAUACACAAAGCUACAUGGAUCUCACUGGAACACACCACAGAGAACCAGAUAGAUCAUAUUUGCAUCAAUAAAAAGUUCCGAAGGACAAUGGAAGAUGUGAGAACCAGGAGAGGAGCUGACAUAUCUUCAAAUCACCACAUAGUUGUGGUCAAUUUAAAACUGAAGCCAAAGAAGAACUGGACAACUGGACAAACAGCACUACAAAGGUUCAAUACAGUCUUCCUUCGAGACACUGACAAACUCAAUCAAUGAACAAUCAGUUGAGUGGAACUCGUCACUGUACAACAACUUCAUUGAUUAUGAAAAGGCAUUUGACAGUGUGGAUAGGAGGACGUUAUGGAAACUUCUUCGACACUACGGAGUUCCUGAGAACAUUGUCAACACUAUCCGGAACUCAUACGACGGACUACAGUGCAAGGUCGUGCAUGGAGGACAACUGACAGAUGCAUUCCAAGUAAGGACCGGAGUCAGACAAGGCUGUGUACUCUCUCCCUUUCUCUUUCUUCUGGUGGUCAACUGGAUUAUGAAGACCUCGUUAUCUGAGGGAAAACAUGGAAUGCAAUGGACAGCUCAGAACCAAUUAGACGAUUUGAACUUCGCAGAUGACAUAGCCCUCCUAUCUCAUACACACGAACAAAUGCAGAUAAAGACAGCCAGUGUAGCAGCAGUCUCUGCAUCAGUAGGCCUCAGCAUACACAAAGGGAACACCAAGGUCCUCAAAUUCAAAGCGGAGAACAGCAAUCCAAUCACACUCGAUGGAGAAACUCUGGAAGAUGUAGAAUCCUUCACAUACCUGGGAAGCAUAAUCGAUGAACAAGGACGUUCAGAUGCAGACGUAAAGGCGAGGAUUGGCAAAGCAAGGACAGCAUUCCUAUCGUUGAAGAACAUAUGGAAUUCAAAAAAAACUUUCAACCAAUAUCAAAGUCACAAUCUUCAAUACGAAUGUCAAGACAGUCCUACUGUACGUAGCUGAAACUUGGAGAACUACAACAACUCUCAUCUAGAAGGUACAAGUAUUUAUAAAUGGUUGUCUACGCAAGAUACUCAACAUCCAUUGGCUGGAUACCAUCAGCAACAGUCUACUGUGGGAGAGAACAAACCAACUUCCAGCUGAAGAGGAAACUAGGAAAAGACGAUGGAAAUGGAUAGGACAUACAUUACGGAAAUCAUCAAACUGCAUCACGAGACAAACCCUAACUUGGAAUCCUGAAAGAAGGAGGAAAAGAGGAAGGCUAAAGAACACAUUACGUCGGGAAAUAGAAGCAGAUAUGAAAAGGAUGAAUAGGAACUGGAAGGAGCUGGUCAGGAUUGCCCAGGACAGGGUUGGAUGGAGAAUGCUGGUUGGUGUCCUAUGCUCCUUCACGUGGAGUAACUGGCGUAAGUAAGUAAGCUAGCUUCAGUUGACCUAUGAUCUCAACUAUUGUAAUAUAUUGAAGCAAUUAUUUUCCCCCAAUAAAAUUACCAUCUUAUUUCAUUAGAAAAAAUGCAAUCAA